AUGCAAAAGGAAUUGAUGGAGGUCACUGAUCAGGGUUCAAGGCCGCUAUCAUUGAAAGAUCGCCUGAAGACGCCUUACUACAACGCAGUGCUCAAUGAGAUUCAUAGGCAUGCUUCGAUUCUCAACGUGAACUUCUGGAGGAUCAAUCACGAGCGUACUGAGAUUGCCGGGCAUAUUGUAGACGCUGGAGCAAUCAUCUGCGCGCAACUCAGCGCCCUUCACAUCAAUGACGAGCUCUUCAAGGAUCAUGAGGAACAGAGAUCGACGAUGAUACUCCAAAUUAUAUUCACGAUUCUCCUUGUAUGGCUGUUUGGUCGGCAAUUCCAAAAGGCUUCAAGACUCCCGCCGGGACCUUUUGCUCUUCCCCUCAUCGGAAAUGUUCCCCAAAUUUUGUACUACGCUUGGAAGACUGGCGGCAUCGUUCCAAUGCUAUCCCAAUUUAGAAAGAAGUAUGGCAAUGUGUUCACCGUGUGGCUCGGCCCGCUGCCUACCGUCAGCAUCGCCGACUUCGACGUUGCCCAUGAGGUCAUGGUCAAGAAUGGCGGCAAGUAUGCCGAUCGUUUCACACCACCAACGUUUAAUUAUUUUAAGGAAGCCGGCGGGAUCUUCUUGUCCAACGGAAUCGAAUGGUCGGAGCAACGGCGAUUCACACUGCAGGUCUUCAGGAAUCUCGGAAUGGGCAAAGAUGCGUUCGAGGAGAGGAUUAUGGAUGAGCUGAAUUACAGACUGGCCAUCAUGGACAAAACGGCGGUGGACGGCGUCAGCGUGAUGAAGAACUCAGUGCUCUUCGAUGUCACCGUCGGCAGCAUUAUCAACCGAAUGCUGUUCAACUGGCGAUUCGCUGAUGAUUCUGAGGAUUUCUACAAGUUGAAGCGAACACUAGACAAAUCGUUGGAGGGGUUCACACCGAUCGAAUUGAUGCUCCCGAUGUGGAUGAUCAAGAUGUUCUUCAAAUCGAGACUGGAAGCGAAUCGCAAGAUUUUCGACGAGGUUAAAGAUUAUGUAGCGAAAGAGGCAAUGGAAAGAUUGGCGAAAGCGCGACGAGAUGAGCUCGUGCUCACCGAGGAAUCGGCUCAGGACUUCACCGACUUGUUCAUUGUGAGAAUUCUGAACGAUGAGAAGAAUGGAAUCAUGUCGACAUUCACGGAAGAGAAUAUGAGGGAGAUGGUUCUCGACCUAUGGCAAACUGGCCAGGAAACCACCACGUUGACAUUGAAUUCGGGAUUCGUCAAUCUCAUGAAGCAUCCAGAGGUUGUCGACAGACUGCGGAAGGAGCUGAUGGAGGUCACUGAUCAGGGCUCGAGACCGCUAUCAUUGAAAGAUCGCCUGAAGACGCCUUACUACAACGCAGUGCUCAACGAGAUACAGAGGCAUGCUUCGAUUCUCAACGUGAACUUCUGGAGGAUCAAUCACGAGCGUACUGAGAUUGCUGGGCAUACUGUAGACGCUGGAGCAAUCAUUUGCGCGCAACUCAGCGCCCUUCACACCAAUGACGAGCUGUUCAAGGAUCAUGAGAAGUUCAAUCCGGAUCGAUUCCUCGAGGAUGCCACGCUCGGCAACAAGGUGAUCCCAUUCGGAAUCGGAAAGCGAUCAUGCCUUGGAGAAGGAAUGGCGAAAGCAGAGCUUUAUCUAAUAAUUGGCAAUAUUCUACUGAGGUAUGACAUCAAACCACACGGCGAGCUGCCGGACAAUAUGGACAAAUUGCCGUUCAGCGCGGUGAAAGUCGCGCCGAAAGUGGACAUUGAAUUUCGGAGGCUUGAGAAAAUUAAAUGUUGA